AUGGAGGAAGAAACGGUGUUUCAUAUUUUAUGGACAUGUCCAUCAGCCGUGGAUGUCUGGGGGGCUAGUGAGAGAUGUUUCCAAAAAGGUUCUCUGCACGACCCUGACAUAUUACGAGUUGUAGAGGGUUUUUUAAAUAAUUAUGGAAAGGAAGCUUUGACUGUUUUUGUGGACACGGCUCGACGAAUAUGGUUCCGCAGAAAUGAGGUGAUACACAGGGGAGUGUUCUCUCAUCCGAACGCAAUUGUUGGUGAAAAUAAGAAGGCUGUAGAGGAAUACUGUCAAGCAAAUGCCACUGUGCAAGGAAAAAGAGUAUAUGAAAGUAGCAUGCCAUUGAGAUGGAUUGUACCACCUCCUGGUUGGUGCAAGGCUAACUGGGACUUGGGCCUUGACAAACAACCUGAGCGUUUUGGAAUGGGAGUCGUGGUGCGUGAUCAGAUGGGAGAUAUAGUCAUAGCCAGUUGCACAACGAGACCGGGGAUUCCUGACCCAACAUCUGCUGAAGCUAUGGGAGCUCUAUUCGCUGCUUCUUUCUGGCAACAAAUAGGUAUUCGACGAUUAAUUUUGGAGGGAGAUGCUCAAGUUAUAGUGAAGGUUGUGGCGGGACUGGAAGGCAAUGGCACUCGGUUUGUGCGCAUUGUGGAUGGCACCAGAAAGACUCUCGACACCUUUCAAGGAUGGUAG